UCAGGAAGCAUCAAAUUUCAAAGUUGAACCAACUGGACAUCAUAUCACUGGAUUUUAUUUUUCAGAUGUAGUCGAGUUUUAAGGUAGAUAACAGACGGAGUCACGUGAACUCUGAAGAUACAACCAAACUCAAAACUACCGGCAGCAUCAGACGCAUGUGGCUGACGACCUUAACAAGGAAAUGCUACAAGUCCUGAGCUUAUAUGUAUCACUGUAGGAGCUAUCUUGUGUUUUCUGCAGAACAUGAUGAGGAACUACACAUUAACGCCAGAUCUUGUUGCUUUAGGACUAUGGCGACUAUCAUGGGCCUGCUUUAGGUGACGCUCUUGUGAGCUGGCUAGCAGAACCAAACAUCAGCUACUGAAGUUUCUGUGUCGUGUGAAGCUGAAUGAGUGAGGAGAAAUGGAUGAUGUGAUCUCCCUCAGCUCAGACGACUCUGAUGUGGAAAUCGUCGGCUCCUUCUCGGCCAAGUCUGAGCUGCUGCCCCUCUCCGCUGUGAGGGUUGAUGUCGACGCUGUGAACGUUAACGCCUCGCAGUGUUUUAUUGACCUCACAGAUCCAAGAUGGACUCUUCCAGAGCUUAAAAUGCGCAAAAGACAAAACUCCACUCCCUUGUCAGUGACAGACUUGACUGAAAGCAACAUAGCAAAUAGGACAGAACAGGAGACAGAGAAUUUGCAACCAGAUGACUGUGAAAUAAAAAAAGAAAGUUCAAAUAACAAUCAAACUUCAAAAAAAGAAGAUUUUAAUUUACAGACAAGCUCUUUGAGAAACUCAACUGUUCGUGCUCCACAGCAGGACUGUGGUAAUAUGAGAUGUUUGAAUUCUCAAACACAACACCAAAAGCAGAACUAUGAAGUACAUCCCUCUCCUAACACACCAGCUGUAAAACUGAGACGACUGCCUUUUCUUGAGACAUGUGUAAAGGACCUGAAAACAUCAAAUUGUUCUGUGUAUUUAACCAAAGAGUGCUUUAGAGAACUCAGCAUGAACAGCAAUUCACCAGAUUGCAUUACUAAUUUGAGGACAACUACAGAAUCAAAUGGUCCUUUCAUGAAAACUUCACUGGACAAGUCUCCUCCUAAGGUGGCUGAAUUGCUUAUUGGACAGGAACAACAGGAGAACAGUAAUGAAUUUACAAGCACACAGUUACAUGACUGCUCUGAUCACUCAUCCCCUCCCUCUCCCACUACCAGACUGAAGCCUUCUGAGCUUUUUGAUCAUGACUCUCUGCCACACAGAAGUCCUGCAUUUUAUGAUCUGAAGAGCCAAGUCGAUACAACACCCACAUCUGAACAUACGCCUGCUGAAAACAGGCCUGAAUGGCAAUCGGAUGAGGCUAAGGCUGAAAGGGCCUCAGACAGUGCAGACUUGUGCUGUGAACCUGCUUUGUCAGUGUCUAAAACUGAGGAUAUGGAUGAAGGAUCUGGUGCUGGGACAUAUAGAGGGGAUGCAGGAAUUGAUAGUCCACUGUCUUUCCUCUGGCAAGAGGGGAGUGAUAUAGAAGAAGUGAAUGAAGAGAGCAGAUUUGAUAUGGACUUCAGGGCAGCUAGUCGAGAAGACAGACAUACUGUGUGCCCAGUUACACUCAAGAAAAUAAUGUCUGGACCAGGUCAAGCCUUGAUUGAUGUCGAAGAUGAAGGUUUUGGAACUCCAGAGGUGCUAUGCCGUCAGAGCCUGAGUCUGGUUUACAGUACGAUUGAUGAGAACUACCCAGAGGGUACUUUGCAGCUCUUGUCUGACCUACUACAGCCUGGUUACUAUCCCCCCAGAGAUAUCACUACCCAUCUACUCCACAACAUUCUGCUGGACCCACAGUGUCCCCAUCACCUAUGUGUACAGGCCUUUAAUCUGCUGAUGAGGACACAGAGACACCACAUGGCUGAUAAAACCACAGUACCAUGGGACUGGGAGUUGUUGACCUCAGUCGUGGCCAAUCAGGACAGUACAAAUAGACGUCGAUGUGAGGUUGUGCGCAUGCUCCUGGAGUAUGUUGUGCAGACAUUGGAGGACGACUUCCAGGCCAAACGUUCUACUUCUGCCCUCCACCACUCGAUCGCCAAGGCCACACUGUCAUGUGAUCAGCAUUUCCCUCAAGUCAGAGAUAUCAUCAAGUGGCUUUUUUCUGCCAUCAUGAAAUCGACAGAGCAUGGAGAGUGUAGAGAAACAACCAGAGAGAGAGAUGAACAAAGCAGAAUAGUGUCCAUCUUCCAGAGGAUGCUGUCUUUGGCUCUGGAGGUGGACCGUUCUCCAGCUCUCACCUCUGUCAAGCUGUCCCAGGAGCUCUUCCAUAUGGUCAUCAGCAAUGUGCCUUUGCGAGCACACAGGAUGUUGUUGCUGGAGAGCCUGCAGAGCAAGCUGCUGAGAUGUAAGCUGUUAGAACAUCUGCUGGACUAUGCGUGCCCACUGAAAAUCUCUCUGCCCAUGUCGCUUAGUCUGCUACUUCACUUUAUGAAGAACUGCACUCUGGCACCAGACCCUACGGAUGGUACUGAAAGAUGGCAGAGGUGGGAAGAGUUGGUCCAUCUUCUCUGGAUGCUGCUACUCAGCUACAACAAAGCGAUGAAAGGCUAUCUGUGCAGCUCAGUCACUGAACAAAGAGGCAGAGUUGGCACGCUGGUCUACAAGCCGGAUGAUAAGGUAUCCAAGGCUGCCAUUCGUGAAGCUGUGGAGGCCUUCCUGUCCAGAUCCCAGGCUGACCUUGGCCAAGCAUUACCUCUGCAUGUGGAAGAGUCCCUCACUUAUCUACAGGAUCACCUGCUAGAUGUCUGUCAGUGUUGAAAUAAAAGCUCUUUGUAGUGCUUAUUUUCUUGGAAGACAUAAAGCACUGAAUUAAUUUAAUAUUUAUAUUUUUGUACUGGUUCCCUUGCACAGGUUUUGUAUUUAAAUAAAGGCAGUGUGUUUUGAUUGGUUAUAUUAAGUGAAAAUACAAUAAGAUUGUUUUUUCUUGAUUAUAUUAUUUUUUAUGUUGUUGCCAACAAAGAGAUAUAUGAAUUUGUCAUUAAGCAAAAAUUUCCUUGGAUGUCCAUACAGAUUAAAUCGUUACAU